GCAACCGUGGGAACGUAGACUAAUUGACAAACGCCACCAAGCAAACUUCUCACUUCGAUCUAACCCAUGGCCUCGACCUUGUUUGUCUCCCAGUCGAUCCCCGCUUGCUUCCAAAACUACGUCUCACAUUCCGCUUGACCUCUCGAUAUUUGCACUUGGUGUUGAGGACGACAACUCGAUCAUAGCUGGCCCAAGGGGUGACCUUGUACCUCAUGCAUUUGUCUUGGUUUGCAUGAGACGACUCAUUACGAUCUCGUUUACUGGCAUUUCUUUUGGGAAUAAAACCAUCCUCAAGUAGGCUCUUGCGAUCCCUUCCAGCUCCGAAAGGCUCCGAUUGACAUCAAAUUUCGCUUUGGUCAUUGACUUGGUUGACGGAAUUGCAUUCGAACGAACUUUCGCUCAUCCCUUCUAUCGAUGAAUCUUGCUCUUUGGAUAUGACGGCUUUGGCCCUCCCCAAAAUUUCCCAAUUAUUAUUCUUGGUCUAUUGGAUCAAACGCCUCUUGUCUUUUUCACAUUUGCAGUUUGUGAUAAGUUGGUCUUGGGCAUCCGCCUGGUUUUAUGGAUGUUACGCCGUGCCUUAUCGAGAACGAUUGUACGUUUAUGCUGCUAAACGCAAACAGCGAGGAAUCGCAAUGGGCAUUAACCCGUCUUUCGUGAUGCUUAAUCAACUCUUUAAACUUCCGAGCCCUAGGAUCCUUGCUAUUGGGACUCUUAUCCAUUGACUUGGACAAUUCACCUCUCCACGCACAGCCUGAUCUGCACUCUUGUCAAUGCACCUCGAGAACGCAGAUUAUGAAUGUAGUUCUGGGUGCCGGUGUAGCUUGCUAUCGACGCUGCUGUUGCAUGCAUUGCCUUCCUAUCCACAUCCCGAUAGUACACGACGAGAAGAGCAAGUCGACGACACUUCAAAUGAACAGGUAGUGUAAACUGCAAACGGGAUGCCGCGAUUUGAUUAUAUCGCUUAUCGCCUUGUUACUGAGAAACCUUGAAUGAGACACUGCUGAUGUUCGAGGAUAUGGCCACCGAUGUUUUAUGGAACGAGCU